GUCCAACAUUCGGGACGCAGGAGAGAUGGCAGACGUUCCUCAAUCCGCAUCGAGAAGUAUCAAGGGUGGCGACGAAGCCGCCUCCGGGUGCGCCAUCUGCGGCCUCGACAACAACGCCGACAACAUCCUGCUCUGCGACGGCCCCAACUGCGCUGCUGAGUACCACACGUACUGUCUGGCUCCUCCGCUGAACGAUGUGCCAGAAGAAGAUUUCUACUGCCCAGCUUGCUGCGAUGGGCCGGCGUACGAGUUCCGCGCCCGCCAAGAAGAGCAGGAUGCUGUAAGCGCCGCGUCCGACCGGUUCGAGCUCCGGCCGUGCAAAGGCUUUGUCGGCGUCUUGCGGCGCUGGCUCAAGCGCGAGAACGGCAAGUGCUCCAAGGUCUAUUACAAACCUUUCGUGGCCGACAUCCCGACCAUCCAUCUCCGCCUCAGCAGCCACAAGAACGUCAACGCGUACGAGACGGAAGCCGCGGCCGCCAAGGCGUACGACCAGUACGCUUUCGACCUCGCGCUCACCGAGGACCGCGACGUUGGCGCCGUCAGCUUGAACUUCCCGGCCAAACUCGAAGACUACCGCCGCGCCGGCAAGCUAUUGCGCACCGAUGUCGACGACGCCGCACGGCGGGCCACCCGUCGCACCAAGACCGACGUGCGCGGGCAGAAGCGUGCGAUUGAGCCCGAGCCCGUUUCGGCCAAAAAGCGCAAGCUUGACGGCGAGAUCCCGACCGACUACAUUGGCGUCCACGUGUUCGCCGACCACUCGAUCGCGCAGCUCAAAAUCAUCGAAAAGCUGGUGCAUCUCGGUGAGUUCGAGUCGCCGGAAGAAGCCGCCGAGGCGUACGACCGGGCGGCCGUCAAGCACUACUGCCGAGGCACGCAGCUCAACUUUCCACACCGUCUGCCCGAGUACUUGGCCGAGACGGCGACGGCGACAACGUACGUGAUUCCAGACAAUCGCUACAACAAGAACGUUGGCAAGAUCCUCGAGUGGACGAAGAAGCUGCACCAGACGCGCAAGCUGAUGGAGGCCACACGCCGCGUGCAGUGGCCGUCUCUGGACGCCGAAGGCAUCGAAGCCGGCCCCGAGAUUCUCGAAGCGUUUAGCUCCACCGACAAGAAGUUGCGCGAGGCAUGCGCGGCCGUGGAUGCGUCGGUCGACAGUAUCGUCCAAGAGUCCAAGUACUACCAAGAAAAGUCGCCGACGGGGCUCUUCCUCAACCCGCCGCCCGCCGGCUGCUUCAUCGAACUCUUGGCACCGACCGAGUACAUUCUGUACUGCAAGGCCAUCAACGACUUUUCGACCGCCACCGACUUGGACGGGAUAGAUGUCGAGAAGCUCCAGAAGGCUCUCAAUGCCCUCUUCGGCACCCGCACGAACUUUAUCCGCAAGAAGUCAGCCGAAGACAUUUUGAUCCAAGAGCUCGAGGACUUUAUGGCGACGGCCAUCCGAGUGUUUGAGCCGUCGGCGCGCCCCGUGGACGACUCGGGCUACUUUCCCAACUGCAAGUACGUCAAGACGACGCCGCUCAAGCUUGAGGACGGCACGAUGCUCCUUGAUGAGUGCUGCCUCGCGAUCGAACAACCAGUGGGUGACGUCUACGAGCUCUUUCCGUUGCAGACGCUGAUGCGGAAGGAGCUCGCUGACGGAACGCCCUUCCUGUGGUCGGCCGACGACGUGGCGGCCCAUAGCAUCAACGAGAUCGACGCGUUCACGUACAAGGUGGACCUCUCGCCCACGUCGCAAGAAGACAUCAUCUCGCUGCUCACGACGGCGUUCGACCACGAGCACUCGCUUCGGAAAGACGUCAAGAGCCUCUUGGAAACCAAAAAGAAAUGUGUCGAGAAGAUGCGAGCGACGGAGAUCAAGCACGGAGCCUUCUUGGAGCAAUGGCCGGCCAUUGAAGCGGCGCACAGCGCCGAUGUCGACGCGCAGCGCGUCAUCCGCGAGAGCGCCGAGCACGACCUCGACUUUUUAAAGACGAUCGACGCGUUUGUGUCACCGAACGUGGCGGCGGUGCUCGACACGUGCAUGCAGCACCUCUCGUCGUACGUGGCUACGCUCUCGCGCCGCCUCAAGACGUUCCAAACCGAGUUUUCCUACUACGUCUCGGCCCUCGCCGAGCUCAUGGAGGGCGGGCUCGACGCGGACUUUGUCUCGGAGAGCUACGUACGCUUCUUUACGCGCGAGCUGCACGGGCUCUGGAAAGAAAAGCACGCGGCGACCGAGAUCCUCUACCUCGUCGCACGCUCGAUGACCAAAGCCCUCGAUACAAGAGGCGCGGUCGGGGACGUCCAGAGCCUCCAAGACAACGUGCGGUCGCUCGUCCACAAGUGGGAAGCCUUCGAGUGGCCAGCAACGCUUCUUGAAGCGGCCAACACCAAAACCUACCUCCAGGACGCCACGUCGGCGCCAACGAUCAUGAUCAAGGCCGAGCCGACACAUACGAUCGACGAGCUCCAAAACUUGCUCAUGUCGACGCUCGAGUCGCCGUCGACGGUUGCAGUGGCGAAAGCAGACACGACGCGGACAACGUCGACACUUGUGCUGUACCACCCGGUGUGUGUCAAGCACGAGACGCCCAAGCAGCAUCCCGAGUGCCCUGCCCGUCUCACGCGUGUCGUCGCUACGCUCGCCGAUCUAUCAAAGGAGCAUCCGCGGACGCUUCACGUGCACCGACUCGAUGCGGAGGCCGACGCGCUCUCGCCGUCCGAGGCCAUGUUGCUCCUCGUGCACUCGCCGCAGUACCUCUCGCAGCUCAAGGCGCGCGCGACCGAGGCGUCCAGCGACGCGCUGGUCUUUGAGACGGACCCUGGUGACGACAAUGACGGCGCGCAGCAGCCGCUGCCCGAUGCGAUCCGGCCUAACGUCAUGGACACGUACGUCAGCGCCAACUCGUGGGACGUGGCGCGCAUCGCCGCCGGCACCGUUUGUAUGGCGGUCGACAAGGUGCUCCAAGGCGAGUACAAGAACGCGGUCUGUUUGGUGCGACCGCCUGGCCACCACGUGGGGCGCCAUGGCCGGACACCGACGGCGUCGUCGUCGGGCUUUUGCCUCCUCAACAACGUCGUCAUUGGCGCGCUCCAUGCCCGGAUGCACCCGUCCGUGACGCGCGUCGCCGUGCUCGAUUGGGACAUUCAUCAUGGCAACGGCACGGAAGAGCUCCUGCGUGGCGACCCGCGCUCGUUCUUUUCGUCGGUCCACUUGUAUGUGGAGCACUUCUUCCCUGGCACGGGGCCGACGGGGUCGGACGCCAACAUUGUGAACGUUGGCCUCACCGACACGGGGCUCGGCUCGGGCUCCGAGGCGUUCCGCGCCGCACUGCGGGAUACGGUGCUGCCUGCGAUGGAAGCGUUCCAGCCCGAUAUGAUCUUCAUCUCGGCCGGCUUUGAUGGCCACAAGGACGACAUUAUUGGCGGGCAAGCGGCCGUGGGCAAAACCUCGACGGCGCCCGCCGGCUACGUGGAAGCGGAUUAUGCGUGGGCGACAAAAGAAGUGCUGGCGUUGGCAGACCGGUGCUGCAAUGGCCGCGUUGUUUCGGUGCUGGAAGGCGGCUACGAUGUCCGAGAGGAAACCAACUCGCUGGCCAAGUCGGUCGCUGCCCACAUUGACGCGUUUUGCGACGUUGGCGACGACGAGGAAGAAGAGAAGGAAGGAGAAGAGGCCAUCGUCAAGACCGAAGUCCCACAGACCACCUCGACGUCGAGCCGUUUGGCUGCGCUCUUGGCGCGCGAGAUCGACGAGGAUACGAUCUUCAUCGACGACGACGAAGACGAGAUCGCGCGCAAGACGAUGGCGAUCGCUGUCAAGCGCGAAGCCCUCGCGGCGGCGGCCCAAGCGCCGAUUCACGCGUCGCUCGCCUUGUCCAACAACGAAGAAGACAUCCCAAUGGACACGGACGACGCCGUGGACCUAGAGACGGCGGAUGACGAACCUCUGGCGCAGGACGCUGCGGACGACGAGAUGCCCGCUGCCGACGAGAUUCCAGAAAACGACCACGAGGCUCCUGUGCCUGACGUUGCGCCGAUGGUUGAUCCCGCCGCGAUGGACAAAGCUGCCCUCGUUGCCGACGAGACGGCUGUCGUCGAACCUACCGCAGUAGUCGAAGCGACAUUGGCGGUCGCUGAAGCUGCUCCGGUCACGGGCGAGACAGCGGUGGCCGAAACGACGCCGGUGGCCGAAGUGACGCCGGUGCCCGAAGUGACGCCAAUGAUUGACGACGCUCCUGUUGUAAACACUGCCUCGGUCGCUCAAGUCGUUCCGGCACCGGAAACUACAGAGACGACUGACGCUGCUUUGGUGGUCGAGAGCGCUCCAGUCGUCGCAUCGGUCGAAGCUCCGUCAGCGUCUGCUCUGACCGCGGACGCUGCGUCGGCGUCUGUCGACGCGCCGGUCGGGGCCAUGGAGAUCAUCGAGAAUGCGCCGGCGGACGACGCCAUGGACGUGGUCGACGAGCCAAUGGGCGAUAUGUACGAAAGCGACAGUGCGAUGGACGUGCAAGUGCCGACGCCCGAGAGCUCGGCGAUGGAGAUUGUCACCGACAUGAACGACGAGAUCGAAGACGUCGUCAUGGACGGGACACCCGACGCCGCUGACGAGAAUCAAGACAUGGACGCUGGCUCCGAAGCGUCCAUGUAGCCGCCUCCCGUGCGUUGUUUGCGUGUCUUCAUUCUCAACGAUCACAAUUUGUGUGUUUCCGCGCGAUGAGGGGUAGGGGAUACCAAUGCAUUGUUGAAUGCGACGAC